CAACAAAUUCAGUUAGUUUCAAACUACGGUACAAAUUCAACCUAGAUAUUUGAACAAAGCGUGUUCCCCUCGUAAUAUUGGAAACGGUACCAUCGGCAACGCGUGUCCUUGGCAGGCACGACGAAACGUCAAUGAAAUUUAAUAUACCGUCUACGAUAACCCAGUUAUUGUAACGUAAGCUGUAUAUAAAAAGCGGCAAGUACGCCUGCCGCAUCCCUCGGCAGUUCGCAGUCGGCGGGUAGUACGGAGUGCCCGCCCGCCGCCGCCGCACGUAAGCUCCCUUGCUACGAACUUGCUACGCACGCUUUAGCCGCCCAGCACUACGCUCACUGACACAUACUAAUCUAUCGGUAACGCAAACUAGAACAAUAAAUCAAUUAUUAUAUUAAUUUAUUAACUUAUAGAAUUAUUUAUGCACCAUUGUAUUAUAUAAAUAUAACUGCUUAACAAUGGUCUUUUAAUUGAAGCUUAAGUAACUCGGGUAGGUACCACAUUAAGCUGACCGCUACACAUACAGCAACGUGUUGAUUUAGCCGGCGCAAUGGCGCACGAACAGUGACGAAUCGCCCUCCAUUGUGGACCACUCACGAGCACUACAGCAACGUUUCACAUGGUUAACUUUCGUGCCGUCUGUAAACAAUAGCCAAUGAUAAACACUCGUCCACCAUCGCUCCAUUCCAGGCACAGAGUCAUCAAUCAAACAUCAAAUAGAGUUAAAAAUCCAUCAAUGAACAUUGAAAUGUGACUGACGUCGAUUAUUACGUGUACAAGAUAGCUGAUGCGUACGUUUUGUAGAUGUAGAGCUAGUAGGACAACACGAGAGACAUUUUUGAAAAAUAGUUUUAUUAUUGGAACUGACGGUUUGAUACACAUGCACGCACAUGCACUACCCUUGAUAGGUAUUUUAUUUUUGUCUCUGAGAUACCGAUCGUAAUGCAUAAUUCUAUUUUGUUUCAGCUUAAACAUUUUCAGUCAGAUUCAUGAAAAUGGAUUUAUAAAAAGUUAUAACUCUACAAUGAGUUUGUUUGUCGAUUUACGUCAGAUUAAAUCUUCAGUAACAAACCUAUCUGAGAUGGUUGACAAGAUAUCUUCUUCUGUUUCUAAAGAAAAGAAACCAGAUGAACGCCCAAAGAAAGACGAAAUCCUGUACAGCAGUUCUAUGUACAGCAGCUCCAUUCACAAACCGACGACUUUAGGUUUCGGCGUGCGAUUUUCCAGUCAAGAAGAUGUAUACCAAAGCCUGCCUAUGCCUUCGUCUAGACUGCGCAGUCACAUGUCUCUUCCGAAUUUGGGUAAAGCUGAAAACGUGUUCGAUAAACCUUCCGCGUCGCGCCAAGACGACAGACCGAAGAUAGUAGAACUUGACGAAGAUAGACUGGAUAAACACAAAACGACCAUUAAUUUAUCAUCAGAAAAUCUCAGUGAUUGGAUUCUGGCGUCCAUUAACAGGAGACCACAUUUCGAUGACGUCGGAGACACUCACCCCAUGGAUUUUUUAGAAAAUAUUCAGUACUACAUAUCCGAAUUAAGAAUGGCAGAAGAAAAACAGUUGCCAUUCAUAAUAUCGUGUUUAGAAGGAGUACCACUCAUGUGGGCACGAUGCUUCAAGAGCGAGUUCAAAGACGUAGAAACAUUCUACGCGGCUUUUGAACAAGAAUUCUGGGGCCCAGACAGACAAAAAGCAGUACUAUAUGACAUGAAACUAGGAAAAUACGAUGAUAGUAAUCCAAGAGUCAGUAUGUCAGAAUACUUUCUGCAUAAAGUAUCGAACUACCGGCAUUUAUCGCCACCACCUUCGGAUCUAGAGAUAGUUUAUUCUUUAGCCGCUCACUUUCCAACGGCCGUGGAGCUGGAGUUGCGCCUCGCACCGAAGCCGACGCUACGAGAAGCCUACCACGUGCUACGCCGUAGAGAGGGCGAAGGUUCAGAUUUUUUACCAAAUUAUUUGUAUGAAAUGUGUGAGGCGUUUCAACGUGGUCAGAGGCCUGAAUCCGCACGACGUGGGGACGGGUCAUCGUCCUCUUACAAUGUAGAACACGAAAAGAAAGUACCGAAAUAGUAUCAAUAAAAAUAUUGCACUUAAGAAUAAACGUACGAAUCAC